GCGAAGGACAACGACGGCGCACCUCUGCUCGAUCAUGGAUGCCGAGCGCAUUGCUUCGUCCCGCAACGCAUCAAACAACGGCCAAAGAAGGAGCACUCCGUCGAUCGCACUCCGAGAUCUCUGAAGUCCCCAACAAUUAAGUUGUAACCCCAAAGAAGGAGCUGCUCAAAAUGCCACAAGAGACUUCUGGAUUGAUGGAGUAAUCAAAAACUUGUCAUACUGAUACCCCAUGACCUCCGAUACGGUAUCUUAUUAUUCUCCGGCAUGCAAUUAAGCAGACUAAACAAUCAUAAGCAAACCACUCCAUGACACAAGAGGAUCACUGGGCAUGGAUUGACUGUGACAGCAAGAGCGAGCAAGAUCGCUACAUCAAUGACUUACUGCCGGACCGCGAGGUGUUCAAGGGGCACAAGAGCGCCCUCGGGCAAAUUGUCCAUGUCAUCCACACACAUUUAUCGAAUACUAAUAAUAAUUUGUGUCAACAAGCAGCAAUCAUCAAAGUGCAGUACAUCAAGACGUGUGGUUCGGUAGGCAAACACACAGAUUCUAGCAAGUCUUCUGAUUUGGAUCUGGUGGUUCAUAUCCAAGACUUGGAUCCACAACAAGAUCUCUCCAAACGAACCUCUGAAAUUCUGGGUGAAAUCCAAAUGGCUCUGGACAAGGAGUAUCCAGGCACUCGUGACACAAGCUGGCACCGAACAUUUGGGCUGCAAUAUGUCAUUGAGGGGAUGGAGAUUGAUAUCUUUAUUGGAUGUACCAAUAUCAAACCAAAGGAUUUUCUACAGGUGGAAAGCAGACGACAAAGAUCAUACAUGGCGGCGUCUGUAUUCCGAUAUGCAACAUACUUUAUGAAGAAACAGGGGGUAGUUUUCAAGGAUUUGGUGCGGAUUGUGAAAGACUGGCGAGAUUCGUAUUACCCCAGCUGGCCGCCUCAAUGCAAGCCAGAAUCCUACCUGAUUGAAGUUUUGUUGUUGCACACUUGUCGACAAGCUCUUCCCAGAAUCUUUAAUGAAAAGAGGAACAGUGUGUGCUGGAGCAUACCGUCCACCCCCAACCUAAUUUCGUUCCUGUUACUACACUUUUUCCAAAUGGUUGGACAAGUGGAACUCUACCAAAAGGGCCAGAAAUACACCAAAGACAACAUGUCACUCUCGAUUGUCUUUGACACAUACUACCAACAAGCGGAUAUUCCCUGGAAUGAACCAGAUCCGCUCUUUCGAAGACCAAAUAAGACUGACAAGAAACAGAAAAAUAGUGCCAAACCGGCAGCAAAGAAGCACAUCAACUCUCGGCAUGCAACCGCCCUCGUGUUGGAUCCUGUCAACCCCACCAACAAUCUUUGGCUUUCCCUGGCAGAUGCUAGCAUAUUCAUCAACCGAGCCAAGAGCACUGCCAAGAUUUUGAGAAACCACAACAACAACAACAGCAAGAACAGCAAGGAUUGCGUGGCCGUGAACAACCACAACAGGAACAGCAAGGAUUGGGUUGCCGUGAGCAACCACAACAAGAACAGCCAUGAUUGCGUGGCCGUGAAAAACCACAACAAGAACAGCAAUGAUUGUGUGGCCGUGAGCAACCACAACAAGACCAGCAAGGAUUGCGUGGCCGUGAAGAUCUACAAGUUACGGGACGCCAUAGAAGUACAAGUCUCUAGCUAGUAGUGCCAGCAAGAUAAAUGAAUCUACUCUACACUUUUUG